AUGGGGCGACGUUCAAUAAAUACCACCAAGAGUGGUAAAUAUAUGAACCCUACUGACCAAGCACGAAAAGAAGCUAGAAAAAAGGAAUUAAAGAAGAAUAAGAGGCAAAGACAGAUGGUCCGGGCUGCGGUGCUUAAAAUGAAAGAUCCAACUCAAAUACUUGAGGAACUGCAGAAAAUUGAUGAAAUGGAGUACAAUGUCCUUCAGCCGUCACCACUUAAUGAGAAAGUACUUAAAGAGAAAAGAAAAAAGUUAAAGGAAACCUUUGAUAGAGUUCUAAAGAUGUAUGAUAAAGAUGAUCCAGAAAAAUGGGUGGAGCUAAAAAAACAGGAAAUGGAAUAUGAAACGCGCAGGGCCCAUUUAAUAUCAUACUAUGAAUCUGUGAAACAUGCACAAUCUGUGCAAGUUGAUGACAUCCCUUUACCAACACUGCAGGUUCCCGACAAUCUUAUUUAUGGGAAUGUACCCUCACAGAUACCAUUGCCCUUAGAUUCAAUUCAUCCAAACUUGCCUGUUCGACCUAUACUGAAGAAGGACUCUGUAUAUAGGGAGAGGCCGUCAGGUGUGGAGCCUCCCGGAGUUCCCCCCGGCCCUCCGCCCGACUUGGAGUCAUUGCUCGGCCUCGAGGGCAACAAGAAGGACAAACACAAGGAAAAGAAGAGCAUCAGAUUCUCAGACCUACCGGAGGAACCUCCGGGAGAACAUAGACUUCAGAAAAUCCCUAAUCAUGAGGAUGCUGAGGAUGCAGGGGAUGCAGAUAAGCAGACUCACGCUCCUAAACCGACAUCACUUCAACAAAGAAUGUUGAUGUUGUCCGGACAGAACAUUGAUGACUUCAUGAAAGAGAUGGAAGAAGUUCAUCGCAAGAGAGAGAGAGAUAGAGCAGCGGAUUUGAGUGCCAGACUGACUGCCCUUAAACGUACCGGUGGAAACCGUGACAGUGAUUCCGACAGCGACAAUGAGACCCACGGUCAUCAUCACCACGACUUCACGCCUGAACCACCGGGGGCUGAACUACGACAGAUACCACCGCUCAUACCACCAGGGCUUCGCCCUCCAAUGCUUCGUCCGCCUGGAGUCCCUCCCGGGGCGCCGCCCGGCCCUCCUCCCGGAUCACAUCCUGCACCACAUGCUGGAGGCCUGAUGCUGCCCCCGGGUCCCCCGCCGGGUCUCCCCCGCGCCGCUCUCCGUCCGCCGGGCCCCCCGCCGGGCGCUCCGCCCCGUCUGAGGCCCCCUCACGCUCCGCUAACAACCCACGCCCCCCUCGCGCCACAUGUAUCAGUACUAUCAGCCGCGCCGCAGCUCAUCACCAAGAAAGACGCUGUUCAAGGUGCGACGAUCAGUGCGAAGCCUCAAAUAAGGAAUCUAUCAGCGGACGUGACCCGCUUCGUUCCUUCGGCUUUGCGCGUUAAGAGAGACGAUAAGAAAUGUAAGCCGGACAUUAGAUCGACCUUACACCGCCCGCCAGAGACGAGACAGCCCAGCAAGGACGACGCAUACAUGCAGUUCAUGAAGGAAAUGGAGGGGCUGUUAUAG